CUGAUUAAGAGCUUUCAGUAGAAACUCGAAAGUCCAAAAACGCCAAAAACCCAAACGAGAAAGACAUUUGGAGCACGAGAGAACCAACCGACGACCAGCUCCCUCCAGUUCAUAGUAGUCGUCUCAAGUCAAGGUCACUAGAAUUUGGCAAGGUGGAAUCGUUUCAAAGGAAUCUCCGGCGAAGGUUUGCAUUUCGAUUCGCAGAGCCCAAAGACAAGCCCGAAGUCAUGGAGUGGGCCCCUUUACGGACCACCGAUGAUUUUAUCUGGGCCCAAGCUCGCUUCCAGAUCCCGGAUUUUAACAAUGAAGAGCGCUGGUUCCACCGCCUCGUCUCCAACUUGCUCUACUAUCAGAGCAACUAUUUCGCCAGCGCUUUGCUCAUCUUCACGGCCGUCACGUUUUUCCACCCGCAAGAGAUGAUCACGGGUAUGUCCGCCAUGUUGUUGGUUUUUGCUCUGGUCCUCUACUUGGAACGACAGAAAGUCGAGUUCCAGCAUUUCAAGCGCCAACAUCCUCUGAUCACUACUUUGGCCACCUUACUCUUGGGCUACCUCUUGGUCCACCAAUUGGGUGGGAUCGUGGUCUUCUGGCUGGGAAUCAUGUUGCCCAUUGGGUUCAUGCUGGUCCAUGCCACUCUCAGAUUGCGAAACGUCAGAAAUAAGCUGUCGAACGCUUCCGAAGCCUUUGGCUUGGCCAAGAGAACGCCCAUGGCCUAUGUCAUGGACGAGUUGGGUAUCGAACCUGAUCUGAAAUACCUUUAAAUCUGACUUGUUCCGUUUUAUUAUUACAUACAUCCAUUAGACUCGUUGUGGUGUAGAAAA